AUGACCAUCUUUUAUUACUGUCCGUUUAUAUUUUUGGAAAGCAAAAAGCCUGAGAUGCAGACCCCAUCGAUGGCUGCCUCCACUACUUUCUACUACCCAAUCCCUAAAAGCUUCCUUCAUCCUUCUUCCCGUAGCAAACGAAGCCCUAAUCUCAUCUCUUGCUCCACCAAACCCAUUUGCUCUCCUCCUCCUCCUUCGCCUUCUUCCUCUUCUCUGCAAACGACAAACCAUCGAAGCCAAAGGCAGAAUCUGCGUCUACCCCUUUUUGAAGAUUCGUUUCUUUUCUACCAAUUCAGCUCUCCUACCGAAGACCCAGGAUUCUCUAACCGGAUCUCCCAACAAUUUGACGGAAAGCAGCCGCCCGAAUUGGCGCUCCCCAGUGUAGAAGACAACAGCGGCUUGGUAAUUUCGUCGAGCAUGUGGUGGGCAGAUCUGAAAGCGGCUGUUGGGCAACGAAUCAACGUAGAGGGUAUCGUUUCUUCGGUCUCCGUAGUUGCUAGGGAUCGUCAUUUGGUUCUUCCGCAUGUUUCGGUGAGAGAUUUACGGUACAUUGACUGGGGAGAGCUGAAGAGAAAGGGAUUCAAAGGAGUAGUGUUCGACAAAGAUAAUACACUUACGGCUCCGUAUUCUCUAGCGAUUUGGCCGCCACUCCGUCCUUCGAUUGACCGGUGUAAAGCCGUGUUUGGGCAUGACAUCGCCGUGUUUAGCAACUCCGCAGGGCUUACGGAGUAUGAUCAUGAUGAUUCGAAAGCUAAAGCGUUGGAGGCUGAAAUAGGAAUUAGAGUGUUGAGGCAUAGAGUAAAGAAGCCUGCAGGAACUGCUGAAGAAGUCGAGAAACACUUUGGUUGCGCAUCCUCGGAGCUAAUCAUGAGAUACGGUGUUUAUGGUGUGAAGUGUUUUUGGGCACAGGUGGGUGAUCGACCUUUCACAGAUAUCGUUUUUGGGAACAGAAACGGAUUUCUAACCAUAUUAACCGAGCCCUUGAGUCGAGCUGAGGAGCCUUUCAUUGUUAGACAGGUGAGAAGAUUAGAGUUGGCUUUGUUGAAACGUUGGUUGAGAAAAGGUUUGAAGCCUGUGGAUCAUGAUUUGGUAUCAGAUGUAACACAGUUUGUCAAGAAUCCAUCAGAUUUAUGAGAAGGCUUCUCAGUUUGCUAAAGAAACAACUUUGUUUUGGUUUUUUUCUUUGGUUGUAAUGGAAAUUUUGACUUUCAAUGCAUGAAGAUGAGAAUGCUCAUUUUUGCUAUUACAUGUUUUGUACCCGCAAAAUCUUCCAUAGUUUGGGUUUCAAGUAAUUGGAAUUUGGAAAUGCAAAGGAGCAAGAUGUAAACAGUAGGAGAGCUGAAAGAUUCGCAUUAUUCUGACGAAGCACCUUGUUAAUUCU